ACAAAAGUUUCGAAAAUGUUUGCCAAAUUUUGGCUAAAAUAAAACCGGGGAGGACCGAGCCUACUUGCUGUAAUAAUCUAUCCAAAUUAAAAUAGCCUUCCCUGGCUAUAUAAACCUUCCCCUCCUUCCUUCUCGUCAGAGGUCACUCGAUCUGUCUGUUGCACCAUUCGUGCGCGCUCCGGAGUCCUCGGCACGUUCAUCAUGGCGCCGACGGAGGAACCCGCAGCUGCCACGCUAGCUUCGCCACCGCCACCGCCACCGCCACCUCACUUCGUUAUCGUCCCCCUCGUGGCGCAGGGCCAUACCAUCCCCAUGGUCGACUUCGCCCGCCUCCUCGCCGAGCGCGGCGCGCGCGUGAGCCUCGUCACGACGCCGGUGAACGGCGCCCGGCUGCGCGGCGUCGCCGGCCAGGCCGCGCGCGCCAAGCUCGCCCUGGAGCUCGUCGAGCUCCCCUUCCCGACGGGCGUCGACGGCCUGCCCCCGGGCAUCGAGAACGUGGACCAGGUCACGGACCACAACCACUUCGUCCCCUUGUUCGACGCCCUGCAGAAGCUCGCCGGGCCCCUCGAGGCCUACCUGCGAGGGCUGCCGCCGCCGCGCCCGAGCUGCAUCAUCUCCGACUGGUGCAACGGGUGGACGGCCGGCGUCGCCGCGAGCCUCGGCAUCCCCCGGCUCUUCUUCCACGGGCCGCCAUGCUUCUACUCGCUCUGCGACCUCAACGCCGUCGACCACGGGCUGCACGAGCGGACCGCGGCGGCGGCCGACGACCAGGAGAAGUUCGUCGUGCCAGGGAUGCCGGUGCGCGUGGAGGUGACCAAGGCCACGGCGCCGGGAUUUCUGAACUCUCCCGGGUGGGAGGCGCUCUGGAGCGAGUGCCUCGACGCCAUGCGCACGGCCGACGGCGCGGUGGUGAACACGUUCCUGGACCUCGAGGCCCAGUUCCUCGCGUGCUACGAGGCGGCGCUCGGCAAGCCCGUGUGGGCGCUCGGCCCGUUCUGCCUCGCCAACAAGGACGCCGACGACAUGGCGUCGCGCGGGAACAGGCCCAACGUCGCCCAGCAGAGCGCGGUCACUGCGUGGCUCGACACGAAGGACACGGACUCGGUCGUCUACGUCAGCUUCGGCAGCCUCGUCCGGAAGCUCCCCGAGCAGCUGUUCGAGGUCGGCCACGGCCUCGAGGACUCCGGCGAGCCGUUCCUCUGGGUGGUGAAGGAGCACGAGGCGGCGGCGCCGGAGGUGCGGGAGUGGCUGGCGGCCCUGGAGGCGCGCACGGCGGGGCGCGGCCUCGUGGUGCGCGGGUGGGCGCCGCAGCUCGCCGUCCUGUCGCACCGCGCCGUCGGCGGCUUCGUCACCCACUGCGGCUGGAACUCGCUCCUCGAGGCCAUCGCGCACGGCGUGCCGGUGGUGACGUGGCCGCACUUCGCCGACCAGUUCCUGAACGAGCGGCUGGUGGUGGACGUGCUCGGCGUGGGCGUGCCGGUCGGCGCGGCGUCGCCGGUGAUGAUAUUCGACGACGAGAGCGCACCGGUGGCGCGGGGGGACAUCACGCGGGCGGUGUCGGCACUGAUGGGCGGCGGGGCGGAGGCCGCCGAGAGGAGGAGGAAGGCCAAGGAGUACGGGGAGAGAGCUCACCGGGCCAUGGAGAGAGGAGGGUCCUCGUACGAGAACCUGACGCAGCUCAUCGAAAGCUUCAGGCAAAGUGGUGGCAAAGAAGCUGGAACUGUGCGUGCAUGCAGUGCGCUGAAAGAACAAAAAGUAAAUGUACUGCCACUGCAAGUCUGCAGUGGUAGUACGGAUGCAGAAGCUUGAGAUAUUCAGGAGUGUUAUUGUGUCAUGUAACUUUCUGUGAUUGUGUCCUCUCAUGGUUUCAUCUUUCACUCAAUCUUUUCCUGCUAGAUGAACAGCUGUAAUAUAUGAUGUUGUUUCUGUGUGCUAACUACACCAUGUGCGUAUAGUGAUCAGCUCUGAGCUUCUUCCAA